UACUAAUUAUCCCGAUGCUGAAGGCGCGCACAAGCGCAAACGCUCGAUCUCGGAUGAGCCGCGUAGAGAAGGACUAAUUGCUCGAGAGCGAGAACAGCCAUCUUAAGUAGAGUCACGUGAAUCAUAUUCAACUCCGCAGAGGGAGCGUGAGUAUAGGCAGUAUGGCGAGGAGAGUCGAGAGCACCACGAAUCUUGGUAUCCGCGGCAAGGACACGCCGAUGAACGCAGCGCAUACGACCGGCAAAGUUCCGCAGGUAUGGCUCCCUCGCCAACCGAUGAGCAGCUCGGCGAGACACUUCGAAGAGGAACUUCCCAUAUGGAAUCCCAGCAUGAUUACGCAGCGACGAGCCCCGAUGGCGAUGACAGUUCCGUACUCUACGGCAGCGGCUCUUAUAGCCAGGAACAGAGAAAAGGAGAUGCUGUGAUUCAGUCCGACCCCAAGAAAAGGAAGCGAAAUUUCAGUAACCGGACCAAGACUGGCUGCCUAACUUGUCGAAAGAGAAAGAAGAAAUGCGAUGAAACGAAACCGCAAUGUACCAACUGCGUCCGAGGCGGUUUUGUAUGUCACGGAUACCCCAACCAGCGAGGUUACCCUAAAAUGGAAAACAAACCCGCUGCUGUUCCCCUCGAAUCCAAGGACCCUAGCUAUGUGCCUCCAGGCGCCUACGGAAUGCCUCAGCAGAGUAAUUACCCGAUUGCACCCCCGCCGCCUCCGAAGCGUGAUCAACCAGCUCAGGCCUACCGCGGUCAACCACUCCGGAUAGAACCGGUGCAGGGCCGGCCGAUUCUUGCGGAUGAUAGCCGGCAAAUUGUUUCCGCUACCCUUCCUACGCCUACCCCAUCUGCUACAAGCCCAGAAAACAACAAACUAUCUUCGAUAUCAUAUACCAACCCAGGAACUAUGUUUCCCACUCCCAUAAGCGCCACGAGCAGUACUAUGCAGUUGCCAACGCCGUUAAGCAGUGUUGACCGACACAAAGACUACCAGAGGGUACCACCAUUACACGACCUUACCCGUACGGAGCACGACACCUCGCAUUCGGGCUCGCUCCCACAGAUUAAUAUUCUUCCACCAACACGAAGCAGCAGCCCACCAACUCAAGGUCAUCAAAGUCAACCUGCGCCGCCGCCACCACCUCCUCCUCCGCCUCCAUCAGCAACCGCAACUGACCCUCAAGAAGCUGCACGUCUCGCCUUGUCGCAGCACUUGCCUCCUGACCGGGAGAAAACGCAGAAGGAAGAGAUGCUUACAGGAAACCAAUACUAUCCGUUUGACGAAGAAUUGGUACUAGAGAGGCAAAGAUGCAGCGCUGCAUGUUUUAGGUUUAACAAUUCCACCAACCCGAGUGUUGGUGUAUCAGCAUCCGAGCGUUCUCGGCUUUUCCGAGAAAUUCUACACCCGACGGAGCCUAUCUUCAUGAACCCGCAGUUACAGUCGUCUAUUACAAACGUCGGUAGCGUUGGGCAAGAAGUGGUUGUCGAGGCGCCGUUUACGUGUGAUUAUGGCUACAACAUUGCUAUCGGAAAUAAUGUCUUUAUUGGCCGGAAUUGCACCAUUAUUGACCCUAUGGAGAUCAUCAUUGGAAACAACUGUUACAUCGGACCGAACGUCAGCCUCUUUGGCGGCACCCUGCAUACAGACCCCAAGAAGCGCAAAGGCAGUAAAAGCCCCCACAUCGGUUCGCCUAUUUACAUCGACGAGGAUGUGUGGAUCGGAGGCGGCGCCAUAAUCCUUCUCGGUCUUAGAAUUGGGAAGGGAGCAACAAUCGCCGCCGGUGCAGUGGUCACAAAGGAUGUACCUCCGUUUACGGUCGUUGCAGGCAAUCCUGCUCGGGUAACGCGCGGUGCUAUUAGCUGACAGGGCAUGAUGGAUCAAGUUUAUGCUCACCACUUAUAGUGUCAUGAUGCUGACGGCAAUAUCUAAAUUCAUCGGUUGCCGUUUAUACAAGCGAUUCUCGUCGUUUUUGUCGCUCGCGCCCUCUUCACGCACAGACAG